GAUAUAUCAAGAAUGGAUAAUUUAAGAUGUAUCUGCCAUUUAAACUUGGCAGCUUGUCAGUUGCUUGGUACUAAUCUACUAGGUGCAUUGAGGAAUUGCGAAGAGUCCAUCAAAAUUAAACCAGAAUGUGUAAAAGGUUAUUACAGGUCGGGUCAGGUUAGGCUGAUGUUGAAUGAAUAUCAACUAGCCAUUAAUGAUUUCCAAAAAGUGCUGGAAAUGGAGCCGGGCAACAGACAAGCAAAAAAAUUAUUAGCAGAAGCAAAA